AUGGCCUCCCGUCCUCAGAACAUUGGUAUCAAGGCCAUCGAGCUCUACUCGCCCAGCCAGUAUGUCGAGCAAGCCGAACUCGAGAAGUUCGACGGUGUUAGCACCGGCAAGUACACCAUUGGUCUGGGUCAGACCAAGAUGACCUUUUGCGAUGACCGCGAAGACAUCUACUCCUUUGCUCUGACAGCGACCUCGAAGCUGCUCAAGAACUACAACAUCGACCCCAACUCCAUCGGUCGCCUCGAGGUCGGUACCGAGACCAUUCUCGACAAGUCCAAGUCGGUCAAGACCGUCUUGAUGCAACUGUUCGGCGAGAACACCAACAUCGAGGGUGUCGACACCCUCAACGCCUGCUACGGCGGCACCAACGCCCUAUUCAACACCCUCAACUGGGUCGAGUCCUCGGCCUGGGACGGACGCGACGCCAUUGUCGUGGCCGGAGACAUUGCCCUUUACGCCAAGGGCAAUGCCAGACCUACUGGUGGUGCUGGCGCCGUCGCCAUGCUCAUUGGCCCCAACGCCCCUGUCGCUUUCGAGCCUGGUCUACGAGGAACCUACAUGUCCCACGUCUACGACUUUUACAAGCCCGACCUGACCAGCGAAUACCCCUACGUCGACGGUCACUACUCGGUCAACUGCUACAUGGAGGCUCUGGACGCUGCCUACCGCGACUACUGCAAGCGUGAGGCCAAGCAGCUGAACGGCCACGCAAACGGUGCUUCCACCGAUGGCAAGACUCCCUUCGACCGCUUCGACUACAUGGCUUUCCACUCUCCGACUUGCAAGGUUGUCCAGAAGUCCUAUGCUCGUCUGUUGUACCAUGACUACCUCUCGGACCCGGACAGCUCUGCUUUCUCCGAGGUCCCUGGGGAUAUUCGGGACAUGGACUACACGAAGUCCCUGUCAGACAAGGUUGUCGAGAAGACCUUCAUUAACCUGACCAAGAAGCGUUUCAAUGAGCGCGUCACACCAUCCAUCCAAGUUGCUACCAAUGUCGGAAACAUGUACUGCGCCAGUGUAUGGGGUGGUCUGGCUAGCAUCCUCUCGCACGUUGACAGCGCCACCUUGCAAGGCAAGCGGAUCGCACUCUUCAGCUACGGUUCCGGUCUAGCGGCAAGUUUCAUGUCACUACGUAUCAAUGGCAGCACCGAGCAGAUGUCCAAAGUCUUGGACAUUCCCAACAAGUUGGCUUCCCGACGUGCGGUCCCUCCUGAGACGUACGAAGCUUUCUGUGAGUUACGCCACAAGGCUCACCUGCAGAAGGACUUCAAGCCCCAGGGCGACGUGUUGACGCUCGCCAGCGGCACCUACUACUUGGAGAAAGUCGACGACAUGUUCAAGCGGGAAUAUGCUAUAAAGGAAUAG